AGCAGACCGCGAUGGCGCGUGGACCGAGCGGUCAGCGACCCUGAGGACGGACUUGGAUCCCACCAAAGUCGGUCUCACGGCGCGGAGAUGGCGGCGAGAAGUCGUGCGGCGGCGGCAGCGGAGCCGGACUUCGUCCAAUUCAAUGACCUGGUGUGUGAGGCGGUUGGUGGGAAGGUCCUGUUCGCUACAGAUGAGUGGUUUGCUCCGGCAGCAAACCUGCUGAAGAGGGAUGCGCCAAAGUUCUGUCCAUCCCUCUUCACCGAGUUUGGGAAAUGGAUGGACGGGUGGGAAACCAGACGGAAAAGAAUUCCAGGCCAUGACUGGUGCAUCAUCCAGCUCGGUGUGGCGGGUCGGAUCUACGGAGUGGACGUCGACACCUCUUUCUUCACGGGCAACCACGCGCCCUUCUUCUCUCUUCAGGCAGCGUGUCUGCUGGAUCCUCCUCCAGCCCUCACCCUCCAGGGAGACCGCACCGGCAUGGCGGCGUCCGACCGUCAGCUGGCCGCCGCUGCUGAGCUCUGCUCGGACGAGUGGCCAGAGAUUGUGGGCGUCUCCCAGUUGAAUCCAGGCUACGACAACUGCUGCCACAACUACUUCCAGGUGAACUUUGGCCGCAGAGUCACACAUCUGCGCCUCAACAUGUACCCAGACGGAGGCAUCUCUCGACUGCAUGUUUACGGCGUCGGAGAGGCGAUUUCUUCUCUCUCAGCCAGUCAGGACGUGGACUUGGUCGCUCUGACCAAUGGAGGCUUGUGUUUAGGCUUCAGCGACGCCCACUUUGGUCAUCCACGCAAUGUGAUCGGUCCAGGUCAGGCAGUCAACAUGGCAGAUGGAUGGGAAACCGCCCGCAGACUGGACAGACCCAAGGUUUUGAAGGUGGAUCAGAGAGGGAUCCUGAAUGUUCCUGGCCAUGAGUGGGCCGUGUUCCGCCUGGGCCACGCAGGCAUCCUCAGACGGGUGGAGGUGGAUACCCGUCACUUUAAAGGGAACUUCCCUGACGCAUGCAGCCUGGAGGUGUGCGCUUUGGCCCCUGAGGAGGAGCCAUGGACUUCUGCCCAGUGGACAACUGUCCUCCCACCGAAGAAGCUUCGUCCACAUCACAAUCACGUCUUCAUCCUGGAGGCGACACCUUCACCUGUCACUCACGUUCGACUGAACAUCUCACCCGAUGGCGGAAUCAGUCGGCUACGUGUUUGGGGUCGACCUGCUUCCAUGACAAUGGGCAGUCCGGAGCCGCCGCGGUCCAGACUGUGAGGACCCUUGCCCCUGCUUCUGUCUUUCACCCUCACCAUUAAAGAGCUCGAACUUA